GGGGUCCUUUCCCUGUGCCCGCUCGCCCCAAGGUGCCUGCGGAGCUCGGCGCGGGCCGCGCGGCGGGAGCGGCGCGGGGGCGGGGGGAGCGCCAUGAUGGUGGGCAGGACCAGCGCCAUCGCCGCGGGGCUCUGCGGGGCGCUCUUCAUCGGAUACUGCAUCUACUUCGACCGCAAGAGGCGGAGCGACCCCAAUUUCAAGAACCGGCUGCGGGAGCGAAGGAAGAAACAGAAGCUUGCCAAAGAGAGAGCAGGACUUUCCAAGUUGCCUGAUCUGAAAGAUGCUGAAGCGGUUCAGAAGUUUUUCCUUGAGGAGAUUCAGCUUGGAGAGGAAUUACUAGCUCAAGGUGAAUAUGAAAAAGGUGUUGAUCACUUGACCAAUGCCAUUGCUGUAUGUGGGCAGCCGCAGCAGCUACUACAAGUUCUACAGCAGACUCUUCCACCACCAGUGUUUCAAAUGCUUCUAACUAAGCUCCCUACAAUAAGCCAGAGAAUUGUAAAUGCACAGUGCUUGGCUGAAGAUGAUGUUGAAUGAGGUCACACCACAACGGGGGGAAAAAAGUUUUCUUACCCCAGAAGAUGAGCAUCAGUAGGGGGAUGAAGGGGCAAACAUAGUAGUUAAUGGACUGUGUACCACAUCGGGUUCUACCAGAGUUAAAAUUAACUUUGUGUAGGUCGGUUUCGCAGGAUUUUAUUUAUUAUCCCAGUGAAAAGUGUAUUUUGAUAAGAAUUCAUUUUAUAAAUACACUGUGUUGAGUUAUCAAAGUAUCACUAACUUCAUUAUUAUUAAAAUAUGCCAUUGUAAUGUUGUACAUAUUACAACCUAUUAAAAACCCAAUGCUCAUUUUUGAAAAAACGAAGUUAUGGCAAUAAAGAUUUAUCUGUGCUUGUGUGUCCCUAUAGUACUACUUUAAAAUCCAGAAUAUUUCGGUGUCAGAGCAAAUGAUCUAAAAAUGACAACAUUAAAAUUUAUUUUUAAUGUUAUGGCUGGUCUUCCAAUACUUUUAAUUAAGUUUAAAACUUUGUGUAAUUUCCUGAGAAAAUAAAUAUAUGAUCAUUUAAACAGUAACAGAUCACCUUAGAAGGAGAUGCAAAUCACAAUGGUAAGAGAUGACUGGCUGCAGAAAGAAUGACAAAUCCAUUUCUGUCAGGAACAAAAACAUGUAUAGUGAUCAGUUCAAAAUUACUGGCAAACUUGAAAUCUCUGUUAAUACAGGCGUCUGAAACAAAGCUGUUUGGAAUAGAACCUGAGCAUAUUUUAAGAGCACAAAAGUUGGUGUUUUUUGGAAGGCUUGAAACGUUGCAAGAUAGUUGACAUUUCAAUCUGUAGUCUUCAAGACCAUAGCAAAUGGUUGUUAACAGUCUUUUAAAGGCAUUUGCCUUAAGAAAAAAAAUUGCACUGAUAAGGUAAGACAAUUAUAUCCCUAGGGUAAAUAGCAAAAGCUAAUGGAAUUAGAUGUUGUGCAAUUUCAAUAUGGUGUAGUAAAUUCUCCUUUGCCAACAAAAAGAAGACAAAUAAUAUACAGCAGGCUCAAGUGAGUAGGAGAAAUGUACUUAGGAAAGCAAGUUUUUAAUGGGUAAGAUCUUCUAAAUGUCAAAACAGACUGGCUUCUGCUGUUCUCUGGGUUUGUGCUAUCAGCACUUAGGUGGCAGAAGAAACAAUUUAAAAAGUAGCUUUAGCUUUUUGGCACAGUGACUGAUUUUUAACUUGAGCAGAAUGCUUUGAGAUGUCUUUCAGACCAGCUGACAGUACAAAUGAUACUGCUAAAUUAAUAGUAAGGUGUUAGGUGGCAUAAUCUUGUAGAAGUGAGCUAUGUUGAGAACACUCUAGCCAACUCUGUCUUAUUUCAACCUGGUGCAAGUUUCUUCAAAGGCAGAUUCUCCUCAGUGGUUCAGGAAUUGCCUCACACAGGAUUUUUGAGAGGUUAAGUGGAUAGUUGAUGGUGACCUAGCAGUCAAUACCUGGGUUUGGGAAUAGAAAUGGCUCUUACUGAGUCAUUCUGCUGAGAUUGUUUGCUAUGGAAUAGGUAGUUUCCCCUUAAGCCCUUGAAAAUAUUAUUUCCAAAGAUUUGAGAUGCUAUUGAAAUUUCCUGUAAUGUGAUAAAUACUGAAGUUAGUGGCUGGUAUCAACAAAUGUUUUAAAACAACUGAAUGUAGUUUAAUCUUUGUGCUUGAAUUGUUCAGGUAGCAUAAGGUAAAACGUAGCAGCCAUACUCUUCAGGGGACAGCGGCCAGCGUGCUCUUUUCCUUUUAAUUUAUUUUACAGGGACAAAGUUAUUUUGCACUUAAUAAAAAAUAUUUUAAUGAGGCUUUUUGAGGGAGUUUUUCUUUUCCCUUCUAACCCUUAAGAGUUAAAAGUAGGAAUUUGUCAGUUAUGCUGACAGAACUGUUAGCAUAUUUACCUUCUGUUUUGCUGGUCACUUCAGCCUAUCUUUUUAGUUCAGCUUUUAACAUUGUUUUAAGGGAAAUAAAACCUCCAUCCUGCCUUGAAAAGCAAACCCAAACAGCACAUGACGAAAGUAGCACCCUUCUGUCAAACCUGAGCAUUUUCUACGCUCUUUGGUAUAUGAUGACAAUUUGAAUUCACAUUUUAGCUUACAGCAAAGCUCUCCUGAUCUGUGUUUCAUCAAACCUGGGUGUCAAUUCUGAUUUUGAUGGAAGGCUUGGUGACAGUCUCAUUAUAUCGAUAAAUGGUAUUUGCUGUAAUAAGCAUCAUAGACACUAAUAUUGCUUUAACAUUUUCCAUUUUCUUGAGCCUGCAAAGUUAGAUGCAAACAAAAUUUAAGACAGUAUACAUUUAAAAUGUAGUCUUACAUGCAAAUUUAUUCUCAUAUCUGAUAACCCACAAGUACUUGGUUAGUAUGCUAGAGCAAGCUCUGGUACCUGUUUUGAGUGCCUUGGACUAACAGAGUGGAAUGCUGAAUCUUUUUAACAAGACUUGAAUUUUUUCUUCUCCCUAAAUGUCCCAGUGAAGCUAUACUGUACAAUUGUGAAGACUUGGAAGAUAUUAUCUAGAAUGCAAACUUGCUGUUGCUCCAAGAGCAGCAGUCUGACAGAGGUACAGCCAAGCACCCACAGUCCACAGAUGUUUCAGACUCAAGCAAAGAUACUGCUUUCAGACACUAGCAAAGUACAGGUCAUCAGAAGCGUGGUGGUAAUGAUGGAUGUUUCUGCAUCAGCAGUAGUAAUGCCAUUGCAUUAGCUGUGCACAGUGCUGUACAUUUAGUUUCACUUGUGCAAAUGAAAAAAAGAGUGGAAGUAAUCCACAAUUCCAGUUCUGGACUUGCUGCUAUGGAGCUCACAGCUGCUGGAGAAAAAAAUCUGUAAUCUUACUUUACUGCAGGUUAAACUACAUGUCCUCCCAGAAAGAACCAUUUUCCCUUCUGUGCUUCUCCAAGAAAAAGGCACUUGUUUUCAGCACUAAAAGGAUUUCUUAUAAAGAAACUGAGAGGUCUGUUAGUUUUAUGUUGGGAAGUCUUUUGUCCUUGGUUACGAGUUUCUUGGGCAGCUUUUAUAGAAAAAAAACCCACCCAGCUAGUUUCAUUAUCAUGCAGGACUACCUUUGAUGUCUCACAUUUAAGUCUUCUAGAUAAUGGAAUCAAAUCCAAAACCAGAGUGGUCAGGCACACACUGAAUCAUGUGGCACUAAUUUCCUUUCCCUGGGGGCUGACACAAGAUUAUUGUUGCCCUUAACAUGAAAAAUUGAGAAGUCCCAGCCCUGCUGUGUAGGAGGCCAGCCAGCCAUCAUCAAAGUAAAGCUCCAGCUAUUUAUGCACUCAAAGAAUCUUUCUAAAGUUUCAUUUGUACAUCUGUUGGUGGUGUGUUUAAAGUCCCUUAGGCUGAACAGUGGCCCUACAUGACUGUUGUGUUACAGUUAACAUGAGUUAAACAUCAAGGGAAUCUUUGAAGUGGUCACUAAGUGCUUUUAGUGAUUGUUUCAAAGGCAUGUUGUGCUGCACACCCAUGCUUCUGUGUUUUUAAAUGUAUGGACAUAAAAAGGGCUGAUGUGAAAAGAACAAAAAAAAAAUUCUGCAAGGUUUCUGUUGUACCCAAGUUUUGGUUUGGUUUUUAAUUAGUGUGUUUACACUGACCAGCGUAGCUUACAGUAUUCUCUGUGCACUGACCAAAAGCCUGUUGCAAAAAGCAGAAACUUGUGCUUAAUUCAUGAGAACUGGGCUAGCUUUCAUCAGACGUGCGCCAGAAACUGAACUAGUCUGGGUAACAGUACUUGUUUUCUGCAUUUAUACCAAACUCAAACUUCCCAAAGAAAAUGUGAAUGUCUAAUGCUGUUCUCACAGGGCAGAGUUUGCCACAUCCAGUGUAUGAAUGUGUGAGUGAAGCUGUACAAAACAGCUGGCCCUUCUGUGUUAUUUUUUGUACCAAACUGUCCAACAUGCUGGCACUAGAUAAUGGGCAGCUUUUUUGAAGUACAGUGGUUUCCAUAUGUUCUUGAAAAGAAAACCCAGGUUCUCUCUUCCUUCCCUGCAGUAGGGAUUAGCUUUAAAGAAUAUUUACUGGACAUCUUCUGAUGAGCUCACUACCCUGCUUUCUAAUCGUUCCUGUAACUUAACAGUCCUUAACCCUUAAAGGCCUCUGAGCUAUAAGCUUUUGACUCCAAGCAUACAGUUCAUUUAUUUGAACAGGUCUUAAUCUAAACAGCAGAGGGCAGUUUUGCACACACAUUUUGUGCAAGCUCACCCUGCAAAAUCCUAAUUUUUAGAAUCUUCCUGUCUGGUGAGGUAACGCAAUGCAGCAUUUUGUCCAGACAGAUUUGGUAUGGUGUAUAAGACAGGCUCAGUGGAGCAGCAGUGGAAUAUGUUUCUACUGAUAAUACCUACCUUUGGCUUUUUAAAAUCUGGUGUGUUUAAAUUGUUGUGAUGUCAUGAUUAGGAGGAUUUCCCUCUUUCUCUCCAUCCUUCAAUACAAACUAGGUAAAUAGAUAAGCCAGCUGCAUUGUACAACUUCAACUCUGCAAUAAAAUGCAACUGCAUCUGAUUGCCAGGCAUGCAAGAGAAGUUUUCCCUGCCCAGCUGUGAUUAUUCUGGGUGAGCUUUGCUAGCUGGAGUGAAAGGAAUGCACCUUUCACAGUUAACUGCAGGAGGGGUGGAAGUGAAAUCUGCAUCUUAAGAUUUUGCCUGGAGCUGGACUCUGCCUGUGAUGGGAGGAGAGCCAACCAAAAAAAUAAAGAAGCAAGAUAUUAUAGGUUGGUGACAGGAUGCAUUUUCAAUGCUGGUUGAAUUUCAGCUGAUGUUGACAAAAUCUACUCACCCUGUUGUGAUCUUGCAGCUGACAUGAAGUGAGCUGGUCUCAUACUUUGUCUCUCUCAUGCCUUGGAGGCAGCUGUUUGCAUUGUAGCAGCACCCUGGCUCAAAACGGAAUCUUUACUCCUACAUCUCAAAAGUGUUUUUUCUCUUCUUCCUGGUCUUUGUUUGGGGGGUGGGGGGGGAGUAAAGUAUAUGUAUGCUAUACAAGUAAAUGGAAAUUUUCCACCCUUACAGCCGUCAAUCAGCAUUUUUCCAAACAUUCAACUUGUUAGUAAGAAAUUCUUCAGUCUGCUCAACACAUGACAACAUCUUGAGAAAGCUGUUUAAUAAGAGGUACUGUGUGAAAACCAUACUUCUUCUCUUUCCUUAGGUCACUCUGGCCAUAUUACACCCUGUAACAUAGCCUGGAAGAUACAGAAAUUUGCUGUAAAAAAACAGUAUUUGCCUGUUUUGGCAUGUAUGUAAAAGAGCAUUUCCCUGGAGCUCUGAAACAUUAACUGGUUAGCACCUCUUCUUGUAUUUAAUAUUAUUUAAUGAAAAAGAAUGUACAUUCAGCUUUGAUGAUUAAAAUAAUAAUGAUUAUUGCAUGAA